UCGUACGACGAAGCCAUAUUUCAGGCCUGCCAGAAGCAGCAUAAAGGCGAGUCCAAGAAAAGAACGGCGUUGUUAGGCGUGGAGUCCCUCAAAGUGACUCCAUUUUCAUUCUUUAAUGAGGAAGAACAGGUUUUCAAUGCCCUCGCGCACCGCAAUGUGGUCGAACCCAUUGUCAGAUCCGGGAUCAACUCAAGUGUCUUUGUGCCUAAUCGCAGCACCAGCGCAUUCCUAGAAAAAGAUUGUUCUUGUCCACCCACAUCAAAGUUGUCAACAUGCUUCAAGCUGGACAGCAUGAUCUCGUUGUCGCCCUUCAGGUAGGUUUUGCUUGGCCGUAAUUUCGAAGAGCUGUCAGAUGAGAUGUGCAGCCUUUUGAACGAGGAUUGGCAGUGUAAUCCCCAAUAUCGAUUUGCUUGUGCUCGGUUAUUGGCUUGUUGCUUGGUGUUCAACAUGAAGAGUGGCCAAGCGGUCCUAGUGCAUUCGAUUGAGGUCUAUGGAAGGGGCCGGACCACAGACAUUCACCGAGAGGUCUUCAAUAGUACACCGACCCCAAGAUCAUUGCCUAAUGCUUCAAAGGCUUAUUACCCUGGUGUCAUGCCAUCGACUCUGGGCGAAGGCAGGGGAUAGUUGUUCAAAGCUGAUUAUUGGUACAACCGUAUUUGAUGGAUUGGUGACCUGCUCUACUCGUUUAGAUGCUCAUUUCAAGGGUGAAAGUCGACACUCUGUUGGAGCAACUACCAGCACAUUUAAGAUCAAGGACGAGUGGACCAAGGAAACUAGGAUCUUCGUAGACAAGGAGUCUCUAAAUAUGGCUAUUGCAAUGGCGCACGACAAAACUACGAGGCGUGCGCACAUCGGCAAAGCAACCCAUCAGCUUAGACAACUGAGAACGUAUUUUAAUCAUCCCUCCACUUACUAUCAAUGCCGCGCCUGGGGCCCGUUGAUGCAAAGUAGUGUCUCAAUACCUUAUUCGGUUUUCACAUUGGUUGAUUAUGAUCAGACCGAUCGAGGCAGUGCUUUUCAGUUUAGUAAGCUCCUCCAAUCAAUCGCGAUAAAUGUGAUAGUAAACGGGGACCAAGCCGUUCUUUGCCGUCAUGAAGUCACGGAUUGUAAGCUCGGGUGCUCCAAUACCAUGCCCACUGAUCUUAGGCUGUCAUUCACGAGAGUCUUAAAUCUUUUCCCUGAUGAGACACCAUUCGCUGCGAUUCCCAUCAUUGGAAAUAAGGAACUGAACAACGUAUUGUCAGUAUUUGCGCAACAUGCGACAGCAUCCCUCUCCCGCCCUAAUGGUGCUGUGGAACAAUAUCUGGAUGAUAUUCUUAUAGGGAGUGCUUAUUAAUAAUAAUAUUAAAAGAAGUUGGCCUUUUCUUCAACUCCUUGAUUGGUGAAGACGUAAAAGUUUAAGCUUGCUCUUUUGUCGCUUGGAAGAUGUCCUACUUUGCUGAAAAGCGAUUCGCUUGCGACAGAUAGGGCUUGAGCACUUUGGUACACAAGGGCAAUCGAGGCCAAGUAGAACGCAGUGCGGAAGUUGAAGUGCUACCAGCUCUUAGGGUUUGCUUUGUUGUCUGAAGAAGCCUCUAACAUGUGCUCUGUUGGUAGUGAAAUAUCCUUUUCAUUCGCUGUUAAACAUCGCCUUACUUUUAUUCUUGUCAUUUAUUUUGAUCCUUGCAAACUUUCAUGAGCAAAUGCAGAGUUCUUUUUUCAAAAGUAAAAUAUCAGUUGCACAGGC